AAAAUACUGAACUUUGCCGUGAAUACAGACUUCUCUCUUUCUUGAGCCGGAAUGGGUGGAUUUAUUGGAAGAAUGAAGAAAAGGAUCAUUCUACUGAAUGCUGUGGUCUUGGGUGUAUUGACAUUACUGGUUCUUAUGCAGUAUCAACACAUUCCGUCCAAGCACGUGACACAUGUUGGCGAUGACCCUCAGAAGGUGGACAAAACGUACCAAGGUUACAAACAUUGGAAGCCAUUUAACAGUAAAAACUUUAUCACAAUCGAGAACUUAACUCAACCUAAGGUCGAAGAUGGGGAACAUGCCUUCGGGAAAGUAAAUGACACAUAUGACAUUGAACCAAGGAGCCCACUGCAAGAGAGACACCCUUUAAACGGCAUUCCUAAUAAAACUGACCAUAGGGGAAUGGAGAGAAGCCAUGGCGUUCUUGAUAGGAAUCCAUCCAGACGUAGAACACUUGACGUAUCUGAUCAUUAUGCCAUACAAAGCAGGGUUAAGUUGGGUCAUCAACGGACUCACAAUUCCUUGGGGAAGGGUCUCCCAUUUAGCAUGUCUGCAACUGAACAGAUACCUGGAUUGUUCAACUAUUCACUGUUAAAGGAAGGUGAAGAGAGGCAUCCUCUUGUAAAUCUGCAUCAGUAUCAGUUCACCUUGAACUCUGACCUCUGUGAGAGAGGUCACGUGUAUCUACUAACGAUUGUUCACUCGGCCUUGGAUCAUUUCAAUUAUCGACGUCGAAUCCGAGAAACCUUUGGAAGCGUUCGUAAUGCGUGGAAUAAAACAGUCGUCCUUGUUUUUACCGUCGGCGUUUCAGAUGAUGAAACACUUCAAACCAGUGUCGUAAGAGAAGCUAAUGAAUUCAAAGACAUAAUUCAAGGUAAUUUCAUUGAUGUGUAUAGAAAUCUGAGUAUAAAACACAUAAUGGGUUAUCACUGGAUGCUGAACCAUUGUCCUGAAGCAGCCUUUGUGUUGAAGAUGGAUGAUGACAUGUUUAUGAACCCAUAUGUGAUUGUCAAGUAUCUCACUCAGCUGAAGGAACCUACCAAUCAGAUGAUAUGCACGGUGUUUAAGGGGUUUAUCCCACAAAGGAAACAAAAUCAUAAAUAUCAUGUUCCUAGAACAAUGUAUCCUUUUGAUGUCUGGCCUGAUUUCUGUCAGGGAUUUGCUUACAUUGUAUCCCGGGAUCUGUUGUCCAAGCUUUACGAUGCUUCGUCUGAUACGCAUUUUGUUGUCAUGGAUGACGUGUAUGUGACCGGAAUACUGAGAUCCCUCACUGGAAUAAAGGCCAGCGGAUUUGGAACCCUCAAAACCCACUGCAAUAGGGAGAGAAACAUCACGAUUUCCCAAUUAAACAGUGUCGGAGUCAUCAUAUCGUAUACGACCUAUAUAAAGCAUGUGUUUAAGACGUGGAAUUUGAUUAGCAUAUAUACCGAUGGUUCGUACCAUUCGUCAGAGGAUGACAAGAGUAGUUUUAUAAAACUUUGUUAAAGAAUUAACGAGGAGUUCUUUCCCACUCUUGUGUGUCACGCAGUGGUGAGAAACCAGGGUUCUCACAGCGAAGGGCGGAGUUUUUUAUAUAUGAAUAAUACGUGAAUUACGAUGUACAAGAAGUUGUUGCAUAGCAUGGAAUCUAUGAAUAAUAACCACAGUUUGAAUGGUUUGAGAUCAGUGCACAGAUGUUUAACACACUAUAUUAUGCGCGCACUGGGACGUGACUCUCUUCCAUGAUAUGACGCUGGGAGAUGGCUACCUGUACAUUGUUAUCAGUACACAUAACAACAACCCUCGUCGUGAAUGUGACUGUGAUCCAAUAUAGGCAUUAAUAAGGUACACACCAUUUGAUAUUCACGGAGGCUCCUGUAUGUUGUAGAGGCAGGAUAUUAUGUCAGACAUGGUGAAAUAGAAGGUCCCCAGCUGUACUCCAAGCAGAACAGUAAUGACUGGUGCUUUUUGACAUCGGUCGUCCAACCAUGGACACACCAAAUCGGUAGCCGAAGGGUGAAUACGUUCGUUCGCACACCGGAGGCCUCGGCUCGAUUUCCCACACUGGAACAAUUUGUGAAGCCAUUUUAGCAAUUUCUUCUGUUGCUGGCAUGUUGCUUAAACGGCGUAAAAUCAUACUCACUCACCCACAAGCUAACACCACAUAUACCAGCAUUGCUUCGUGACGCCAUUGUGUUGUGCGAUGGAAACUCAAGACAAUGCUCCAAUUCCCUCUCCCUUUCAAAUCGAUGUACAUGAAUAUAGACUAAUAACAGAUAUUUCACAAUGCCAUCCCUUAACAACACGGCCAUUGCUCGACAAAGCUGAAUCUAAAAUGUUAAUUUGUAGAAACUGGAUUCGAAUACAAAACAUUAGCGAGACACUUUGGCCCAUUUAGUUCUGUAUAUAAUACAUCAGUACAAAGCAAGGCUGAAAGAAAAACCCAGAUGGUUUCAACGUCCAAAGUGACAUUAACUAAUUACAACUCUGUUACUUCACACCUGGCUGCAAAUGAGUACUCUACUGUGUGUACAGCACCACUGUACGUAUAUUGAUGUGUACUGUGUAUACUAAAUAUUUCAAAACUUGAGAUUAAUUGUAAACAUGUGGGUAAUAAACCAAUUGGCGUGUCUCAAUA